UGAGCACUGUAUACAAUAAUUUCAUUAUUAUUAUUAUUAUUAUUAUUAUUAUUAUAACAACAAACUUGAAUUGUCCCCUAUCACAAACAAGCGGGCCUCAGUACACUGUAAAAAAAAAGUCUCCGACUGCUGUCAAGCACGCUGGUAGCAAAUAAAUUACGAGAAACCUAAAUGUUAAACCCAAACAUCGCCUGCAGUUCUUAUGCGCAGGCUGCGGAAAAUAAAUGCUUGUCCUUCCAGCUGAGUGUGAGAUUCAGAAAAAUGGAGAUGAAAAUAUUUAAAUUUGUCUUGUUCAUUAUAAAGAUGAACUUACACGUUUCCACGUGAGCUUACUUACAAUGCGCCGAUUGUGAAGAAGUACAUGUUGUGAGAUCAUUAUGUAGUUCUCACGCACCUUUGUACUAUAAACGUCAGAACUGUAAAAUCUGUGCCGUGAAAAGGUGUGUUAGUCCUAGUUUCUAUCGAAAUCUCAGUAUAUUAAUGAUGUUGUUGACAAUUUUGGCAGGUGUAGCCAUAACAAUUAUUUUACCAUUAUCGAUUCGCUACUAUAUGAAAGGAGCCACCUGCACCAGCCCUGUUAAACUGGAAGGCAAAACAGUUAUUGUUACUGGAGCUAACUGUGGAAUCGGAUUCGAAACAGCCCGUAAUUUAUUACAACGAGGGGCUCGAGUGAUCCUCGCAUGUCGGGACGUAAAUAAGGCAAAAUCGGCUGCGAAACAAUUAAGUGAAUUAGGUUCAGGUGUUGUACUUGUUGAAAAACUUGAUCUCUCAAGCUUCGAUUCCAUCCGGACAUUCUGCAAGAAUAUUAAACAACAUAUAACCUCUUUGGAUAUCCUUAUAAACAACGCGGGUGUUUAUUUCCACCCGUAUGCUAAGACAGAGGAUGGCCUAGAAAUGCAUAUGGGGGUCAAUUAUUUUGGUCCUUUCCUUUUGACACAUCUUCUACUGGAGUUAUUAAAAAAGUCUGAUUCACCCCGCGUCAUUUUUGUUGGGAGUGCGAUUUACAAAUACGGGAAAAUCGAUUUUAACAACACGAACAGACAAACGUUUUACCAAAAACACAGUGCCUACAGUGACAGUAAGUUAGCAUGUGCUUUAUUUUGCCGUGAAUUUCGCAAUCGAAUGUCAAACACUAAUAUCAACAUAUAUUAUGUUCACCCAGGUGUAGUUAAUACAGAUAUAAGUAGAAACCUUUUAAAUUCAUCUCUUUUGAAAUCACUGGUCGAUGUUUUCAAAUUACUUAUAAAGAAUUGCCAAGAAGGUUGUCAAACUGUUAUAUAUUGUGCUGUUAGUGAAGAGACGAAAAACCAAUCUGGUUACUACUACAGUGAAUGCCGGAGACACGAAUGGGCAAAGCAGGCACUGGAUAAACAACUUGCUAAAAAGUUGUGGAACUUCAGCGAAAAAGUUACUGGAUUAACCGAAUGAAAAUCUUAACAAUUGUUCUCUCAACAAAUUAUUUCUGUGGAAUAAUUAAAAAAUAAUAAUAACGAAAGAAGAAAGACCUUAUACUUCUCGGAUGCAAUUAAUAUAAAAAUUUUGUUCAUCAGGAAAUUAAAGAAAUUCGA